GUAAAGACUAGAUUUGAGAAACAAUAUUUUAUUAUUGCAUUAUUAUUAGCCCUUUUGAAUAUUCAAUUGGUUAGACUUGCAGUAGACGUCCAUUUCAGUGCACAUGUUUGAUUGAAGAUGGCUGAUAAUAUGAAACUUGAGUGUCGAUCUCUGCUCCAGAAGUUAAAAUUACAACAAAGAAACCUCAAAGAAUUAAUACCAUCAGAUGUUAAUUGUGACAGUUCGGUUGUCAGUGAUACAUACAGUGAAAACUUUGACGCACGAUCACCCGAAUUAAAAGCUUCUUAUGCUAGAAACAAGCUAAAAAGUUUUGUUCGUUCUCCCACCAAUUCAUUAAAUUCAUCUAUUGAUACGAAUGCCACCCUGGACUCUUCUUGCAAACACAGUUUCAAACCUAAAGUCUAUCUCCAUGAUACAAGUGUAGCAAAACCUAGACAGUAUAGAAGAAGUCCACAGAGUGAUGCACAACAAGAUAAAUAUGCUAACGAUAAGGAUUAUUUGAGUUCAAGGGAUACUGGAAGACCAGGAGAUAUUUCAGCUAACUUUCUCCGAGAUAUAAACAACUAUUUAGACAAUUCUAGAGACAUGACUGCAAGCACUCUCCAGAGUGAUAAAAUUGCAGAUUUAGACGAUUUCGAGAAUAUAGAUCGUUUGUCUCAAGCCAGUGCUACGCCUCCACGGUGGUCGACAGAAAAAUAUUCCAGUUUACCAUCAACCCCCAAUACAGCACAACGCCGCAAAAUAAUUGAUCGCAACAUACCUGUCACUUCAAAAUACGAUGAUUUUAAAUUAAAUACAGAAUCCUCGAAAUUAAAUUUCAGUUAUUCAAAUGUAGAUAAUGAUGAAGAGACAAUGUUUAAAUCAAGGGUUAAUGUAGAUGAUGGCACCACUGAUGAUAUUGAUGAAACAUUUUUAAAAUCACGCCUUAAUGCAUCACCAGAAGACAUUUUCUUACAGAAGAAUAAGGACUUCAAAUCAGAGAGAAGGGAGAGGGAAAGAGAAAGAUUUGAAGACAGAGAAAGAAAAAGAUUAGAAGAAAGACGUAUGAAAGAAUUAGAGAAAGCAAAAGAAUUGUAUAAUAAACAUCUAGAAGAUUCAGGCAAUGAUAAGAAACAUGUGUCUAUAAUUCGUGAUGCUAGUAAACCUCGAUCUAUUUUAACAUCGCCUUGCUCUAGAAAUACUAGUAGUGGUAAUAGAAGUAAGACUCCAUCGAAAGUAAGUUUUCAGUCUUCCAAUAUAUCUUCUGAUACUCUACAAGAUGAUGUAGCUGUUACCUCUAGUAAAAUGUUAGGAUAUGAUUGGAUAGCAGCUCUAUUAGAUAAUGAGACUGGUUGUAUGGAUGAAUCUGAGAGUUAUUUUAAUGAUCUGAAAGAGUUCCGACGAUCUAAUAGAGAUGAAUGUAGUAAUAAUUUUUAUAUGAAUAAUCCGUUGACAUUUGCUGAACCAAAAGAAGCAUCUCCAGUUGUUAAAGCCUUAACACAGCCAAAAGUGAAACCUUAUAUAGUCAAUGAUCGUUUAUUUACACAACCAUUAAAGAAAAAACUUGUUGAUGAUUUAAAUGAUUCUGAUCAUGAAGAUGCAACCCCAACACAGAAUUCACCCAGAUAUGUUAGAGUAAGCAUACCUCGAUCUACGUUAGAGCAGCCAUAUAAAAUGAAGCCUCAUCGUCGAAACAGUUUUGAUCCAACUGAUUCCUGUUCAUUAAGAGAACAUUGUUUAUUGGGAUGGGAGAAUUCUACAUUAUCAGCGUUACCUACAGCUUCUAGUGUGGAUAUUAAUGAAGCUACUGAUGGACUUAAACCAAAAAUGACAACAACAUUAGCUGAAGCUGAACGUAUUGCCAGCACUGGAACACAAAUGUGGCCUUUCAUAGCUCCCCCUGCACGUGUUGAUCCAUUACCUACAUGGAGAAAGAAUUAUCAAGCAUCAGUUAUGAAUUUAUCUCAUCCAACAUCCAUGACAGAUUCUGUGAUUCCAGGAGAUUCGGAAUCUUUAAGAAAAUCCACUAAUAGUCUGCUCAAUUCUACAUAUUCCUUAAUGUAUGAAAUGGAAAGAUUGAAGAAAGAAAGAGAAAGUACGAAAGCUUGAAGUAGAUUUAUAUCUUAAAUCGAACAGUUUUAAAAACAUGACACAGGGAUGCUGUUUCGGCCAUAGAUGCCAGACAGAAAAUACGAAAUAUUUGUAGUGGAAGUCUAUGAAAGGGAAAGGAGGCUUAUUGAUCCUAUUUCCAAAAGAUUACUGCGAUUGUUGAUGAACCAAUUCUGGCCUCUUGUUAACCCUAGCUAAAAAUAUCCAACAAGCAAAAUUUCUAAACAUCGUAUCUACUAUGACAUGCAUUUAUCAAUAGUCAUCAUAACAUUUAAAUCAUUAUUACCUCAUUGAUCAUUGCAGUUAAAUAUUCAUUAACUGAUUUCUAAAUUGGUGACAAUCUAAAGCACAAAACACUAUAUAGCAUAUUCCCAUGCUCAUUAGCCUAGUUGGUGUAGAAAAGUAGGAAGUUAAACCCCAUUUCAUUUGAUUUAAUUUCUAAACGCACAGCGCACACCACAAAAAUAUUAAUCAGUGUUUGUAUCAGGAGAAAAGUCAGGGAAGAUCUUUUGGGUCAUAUAAUUUAUUGCAGAUCAAUAAUUGUUCGUUCAUGAUGUAAAGCCAACAACAUAUAAGCCAGGGUGUGCUCUACAUAAGCCUCAAAUGUGUUAAUUUUCUCUUUAUUUUUCAAAGUUCUGUUGGAAUGUUAUAGUUUUGGAUACUAAUAUUUCUACUUAUUCACAAACAUUAUUGAGUUUUAUUUACAGUUGUAGUUGUUGAAUUUUAUUAUAAUAUUAACUGCUGAAAAUUAUAUUUUAUACUUUUGGUAACCUUCAACCUCAGUAUUUUUGUAAAUAUUUACUUGCACAAUUUAUAUUUUUGACCAAUUAUCACUUUAUAUUUGAACAAAAGCUAUUCAUAAAAGACAUUUAAGACAUUCCUGAAUGCAGUAACCAAUGGCAUAGUUAGGGGGAGAGCAAAGGGACUUUAAGGGAGACCAUUUUCAAAAUAUAUUUAACUCUUUUGUUCACUUGUUCUAUGUAUUUCAAUUUAAAAAAAGAAAAUAUUUGAUACAUUGAUUGCUUCCCUAAUUUAAGAACCAAGAACCUUGUUACGACCAUGACUGUAACAUUUUCAUAGACACAAAGAAUUUAAGGCAUCUCAAAAUAAUCCAGGUACUUUAAUUAUGUGUUUUUCUAAGCAACAAGUGUUUUUUAUUUACCCCAUAUUAUAAGUACCAUUAGUCCACAUUCAGAAAUUGAUUCUUAACAUAAUUCAGUGUUCAAUUAAUUUUAUUUCAAGUAAUUACAACUGUAAUGCCAACAUAAUUAAUAUUAUUUCAAGUUAAUUACAGCUGUAAUGCCAACAUAAUUCUGUGUUUAAUUCAUUUUAUUAUGUUUGUCAUUAGUUAGAAUUGAAUGUUAAUUACAGCUCUAAUACCAAUCAAAUAUUGUGAGGGUGUUAUAAAUGAUUUAAAUUAUCAAAUUAGAAUUGGUUGUAAAAGUUGAAUUUUAUAAGCUAUUGUUAUCUGAUAUA